AUGGUACCGAACAUGGAGCACUACUACUACCAGGACGCCACACUACUACCGUUCGUGACGUUGCCCUGGAAACGGUCGACAACCCUGUGGAUGUUUUUGGUGGUGCUGGUUGUGUUUGCCGAGCGUACCACUUCGACCGUUGGCGAUGAUUCUGAGGCCACGCCGGUUCGUGGUACCGGAAUACAUUACGCCGCCCUGUCAGGACCGAGCAUGGAUCGAGCGGAAAUGUUGAAAGCACAUCCGGCCGGUACGUUCUCCGUUGAUGAUGGUUCGCAGCCCGUGUUUCCGGACCGGCCAGACGCAGUGUACUUCGCGGUAGCGGUAAACGGCGGUGCGAAGCUGUGGGGACGCACGCUUGCCCGCACCCUGAUCGACAUGGGACCACCGUUCGGAAAUCCGCAAGGACCUCCGCUGCGGCCGAUCUACAUCACUCUGCCGGACAGUGGGCGAUUUUCGUCGAAGCUUAUGACGACUGCGUGCGAUGCGAUCGACGGUAUGCCGUUGGCGGGCAUGGUGAUAGUGGGCGAUAGUCCAGCAGCGAAAUCACUUGCCCUGGCCGGCAAUGCGAUGAAGGUGCCCGUACUGUGGGCGAAGGGAGGCAUUGCUUCGCUGCAUAACUCCUACGAUGAGCUAUCAACCAAAUUACAAGCAAUACUGCAGCCAUCCUCUAGGGAAAUUUUUGAAGCCAUUAGAGCAACCUUUUUACAAGUUCACUGGCAUUCAUACCAUAUUCUGUGCGAUGUCGAUACGUACGUUCUUAUUAGUGGCAAGAAGGGUGCCGCACUGCGCCAAAAACCGCUGAAUCCAAUUAUAGUUACGCUACCAACGAACUUCGAUUUGAUUUACAAAAAACUAGCGUACAUUUCACGAUCUACAAAGGGUGUUGUAUUGGUGCUGUGUAAUCUUAAAGUGGCACGUCUUAUAAUGGCCGAAGCACAGCGCAUGAAGAUGCUAAACGGUCACUUUGUGUGGCUCUGGAUGGAUACAACCUCGGCGACUGAAUUCUACGAUGCGGGGCAACCUUCCUACGACUCCAAACAACCGCUAGACGUUGGCGUUGGUCUUGGAGGGCGUAGCGAGCUGGAGACCGACUUCUACGACACGUUCGACAUGCGACACCAGUCACACCUGGCCGAUCUCGUCGAGCGAAGGAUGGAAUUUGAAGAUUUUGAUCCUCGAUUGCGCAAAAACCGAACGCGUUCAUCACACCUGGACAGUCAAGCGGCACGGUUCGGUAGUGCGGCACUGGUUAAUCCCAAACCGGACGGUACGGCCGAUGCUUCGACGGGUGGCGGCAAACACAGCAAAACACGCCGUCCCUCGGAAAAGCCCAAGAACGGGCGUGGUAAAGCUAACAACAACACCGUAGUGAAUGUGGCCCGUCGGACGGAGCGUUUUGAAGAGCUGCCGGUAGAUUCGGACGAGUUUGAAGACUUUGACGACGAACGCAUGUUGCCGCUGAGCGGUGCUAACACGGAGGAUGAGCAGUAUCCAAUCGAGGGAAGUCCCGAUAGUACAUCGGAGAUGAAGCUGAAGCGCAGCAGCGAGUAUAUGAAGCUGCACAACACCUCCGGGCACGUGCUGUUCCACCACAACCAAGACUUCCCGGUGGGGUUGCUUGCGUUGCGACCGAUCAAGAUGAAAAUUGAUCGCCAUUUUAUACGUGCGGCCGUACGUUUGUUUGCGGCAACGUGGGCCAAAGUCGAGCGGGACGAUGUACCGGUCGUAGGGAAGGGGCGACCGACGGGACGCGAAGGUCCCGGACCGACCCGUGGAAGCAGCACGCAGGACCAAACGAAAGUUGCACGCGGCCAACAGCGACCGGUGCAGAUGCAACAGAAGCGAUCCGUCGUACCCGUCGAGGGCGAAACAAUUUUAACAUUACCAGUUAACAGUGCAAAUACGAAACCAAGUGUUCACGAGGCCAGUUUAUUGGACCUACAGCAGCAGCAGCAGACGGUGGACGAACCGUCACAACGGCCAGUGCGCGGAACGAACGAUAUUAUUUCGCCUAUAAGCAAUAGUAGUGCAAAUUUUCGUGAUGUCAGUAGUACAAAUAGUAGUUCUAGAGUUAAGCGUCAAAGCACCUGGUGGUCUGCGACCACAAAUCACAAAUACAACCCGGACCGGGGUGCCAGCGACCGUGGGCGAGGCAGUCGUGGAGGAGCUACCCGGUAUAAGGGAGGUUGCAUGGGUACAAUUAAUCGAGUCGAGCUGGCCAAAGCAUUCAAUUUUGCCAAGAAUCUGCAAAGUAAUGCACGCCAAGCGCUGUCCGGAUUUCCGAUAGCCAGUGGGUUUAUCGAAAAGUCACUCGUUAGUCAUUUCGAAAUGCUAAACCUCGUGCCGAUAGCGAGACAAUCAUCGUCAACACCAAAGGGAGAUUACCACAGCGGAGAUCGGGUGGAUGGUGGUAGAUAUGGCAACCCAUCGGUAAACGGGUCGGCAGCUAGCGGGAUGGGUAAUGCGGCUGGAACCGGUAUCGCUACAAAGUGGCGCCGUGUGGGACUAAUCACGGGACGGUCGGUGCAUCUGGAUACGAUCAUAUGGCCUGGUGGAGAUGUUACUGUGUCUGGGCUAGCUGGUAAAGCGAAAACCAUGUUCCGUGUGGUGGUAUCAGUCGCACCACCGUUUGUGAUGGAAUCCCCCGUGAACGAGGAAAGCCAGUGUUUGCGGGGUCUAAUAUGUUACCAAAUAUACACCACCGGACGACACAAUUUGACGCUUAUGUUUAACGAAAUCGAGCGUCGCAAUCGGUUGAGGGAAAUUAAUCAAUCUCCCAACCACUACCAGGACGAGCAGCGUCAGAGGUAUCCGUUGUAUCGCACACGCUGCUGCUACGGUCUAUCGAUGGAUUUGUUGCAGAAACUUGCGACAGAGAUUAACUUCGACUUCCAUCUGUAUAUCGUGCACGAUGGACUAUUCGGACGACGGGUACCACCACCGCCCGAACCGUCGGAACCUUCACCACGGAAGCCAACACUACCAACGAAUGUAGAAUCGAAAUCAAAGUUUGACGCACAAUCGGGCAGAAGCUUAAAACGAGGAUCGAAGUUGAAGCUUUCACAGGCCGGUGUGAACGCUACCAGAGAGGAGCUGCCACCCUAUCCCUUCGAAUAUUCGACGGCACCGCCCGUCCGCACCCGGCAACAGUGGAACGGUGUGAUUGGUGAUCUAAUAUCCGGUACAGCUGAUCUUUCCUUCGCACCACUUAGCGUGUCAAAGGCUCGUUCGGAAGUGAUCGAUUUUACGAUACCAUACUUCCACGGCGGUGUAUCGCUGCUGGCCGCACCGGAAGCGGCCACCGAUAUACCUUUACUAGCGUUUCUACUGCCCUUCUCGCCAGAGCUAUGGAUAGCCAUCUUUACCUCGCUGAACGUUACCGCUGUUGCAGUGGCGAUCUACGAAUGGCUGAGCCCUUUCGGGUUGAAUCCUUGGGGCCGCCAGCGAAGCAAAAACUUUAGCAUGUCGUCAGCACUAUGGGUAAUGUGGGGUUUACUCUGUGGGCAUCUGGUUGCAUUCAAGGCACCUAAAUCUUGGCCCAACAAAUUCCUCAUCAACGUAUGGGGUGGAUUCAGCGUAAUAUUCAUCGCUUCCUACACUGCCAACAUUGCAGCACUGAUAGCGGGUUUGCUGUUCCAUAAUGAGGCAAAGUACUACGAAAUGUCGAUGUUGACGCAACGUGUUGGUUCACCGAUCGCUACGGCAGCAGAAUCGUACGUCCAGCAGAACGAUAAACGACUCUGGGAGCACAUGAAAAAGUAUCAGCUGCAAAGUAUCGAUGAAGGCAUCGAACGACUAAAAAACCGCACGAUCGAUCUACUGAUGUGUGAUACACCCAUACUGGACUAUUAUCGUGGUACCGAUCAAAGCUGCUCCCUACAGCGAAUAGGUGAUAAUUAUAUUGAAGAUUCUUACGCGAUCGGCAUGUCUAAGGGCUUCCCGCUGAAGAAAACGAUGUCCGCACUGAUCUCCAAGUACUCCAACGACGGCUACUUAGACAUACUAACCGCAAAGUGGUACGGUGAUCUUCCCUGCUUCAAGCUGGACCGUGAAAUGGCACAACCGAAACCGCUCGGUGUGACGGCGGUGGCCGGCGUCUUCCUACUGCUGGGUGUUGGUAUGGUGCUCGGUGUACUAAUCCUCAUAAUCGAGCACGUGUUCUACAAGUACACACUUCCGAUACUACGCCACCAACCGAAGGACACCAUCUGGAAGAGUCGUAACAUCAUGUUUUUUAGCCAGAAGCUGUACCGGUUUAUUAACUGUGUGGAGCUGGUGUCACCGCACCAUGCCGCCAAGGAGCUGGUGCACACAAUCCGCCAGGGACAGAUUACCAGCCUCUUCCAGAAGAGCGUCAAACGGAAGGAGGAUGAGCAGAGACGCCGGCGCAAGAGCAAGGCUCAGUUCUUCGAGAUGAUCCAGGAAAUACGCAGAAACAUCAAACUCGACAGGGUGCAACUGGACACGGACGUGGACGCAUCGCUGUCGGCAACGUCCGAAAGCACUUCACAGGCACUGCUUCCGGAAGUUCAUCCGGCCGGUUCGCGACUGUCAGCGUCCGCCUCAGCCAGCCGGCGCACCAGUCCGGGCCGUUUGUCACGCGCCGGAUUUGGAUUUGGAAAGUCUCGUGAUGGUGGAAGUAAAAGUUCAUCCUUCUCUUCCUCGCUCAAUGUGCGCCGGUUUAGUACGGAUAGUAUCAUAAGCGAACGGCUGGGGACAAUCGGUCGUCGGCUUAGUCGUGAUGCGGCGACCAGUUCUCCACCGGACCUUUCCCAUCAUUUCGAAACGUUCGGUAAGGGUUGCAGCGCGGACCAAGGGUCCGGCUCCAAAUUCGACACAUACUCGGGUAAGAACAAUAGCAAGGAAAGUUUGUCCGUGUUCAAAUGUGACACGUUCAACGGUAAGCUAACACCUGGCAGUGGCUUAGACACGGUAGACUCGGGCCGGGGAGAUGGGGCUGUAGAAGGAGGGCGCGUUAAACCAGACGGCGAGGAGAAACCAAUCCUUCCGGCUAAGACCAAAAAACGUUCCCGACGUUCACCGCUAAACCUCGAACUGUACGAAACGGGGCGCCGGCGGCUCAUCCCCAUUAACGAGCGGGUAGCGCACGGGCUUGCACCACCUUUUCUUGAGGCCGAUACUGGCAGUGCAAUGUUGCGCGAUAAGCUACACGAAGAGCUGCGCCUAAAGUACGGACAAACGCGGUGGAAGAGCACAAACGCGGAGGACGCGAUUGUUACCGUGUCCGGUGAAACGGGGAACCACAAUGGGGUAAAACCAAAGCGGCCCAGCCGUCGUACUUAGUAGCAAACUGUAAGAUAAAAUGCAAACACCAAGCUAACAUAACCCUUUUUAGGUAU